AUGACGAACACUAGCGGCAGCGGCGAUAAGGUUGUCUCCGAAAAUCCUCAAUCACCCACUCCCGUCCCACCUCCUACUUCCCGAAGUCCCACUACUCCUAGUAGUGGUACUCAAGUGAACCCCACCAUGCCCGGUGCCAGUGCUGAUGGCAGUAGUAGCGCUAGCGCUGGCAUUCCCACCAGAGCGAGUGCCAGUGCUAGUGCUGGUGGAAGCAGUGCUAGGGUUGCAGUCAGUGUUGCUGUUGCUUCUCCGAGGAAGAGAGGAAGCAUGUUGGCUGUAGGGGAAGGAUCGUCAAGAGGAGGGAUGGGUGCGGCAAACCAAACCCGUAGUGUGAGGCCGAAUGUGCCUCUACUGAUUGCACCCCCACCUGCUGCACCGGCGUAUCCUGCUCCUCCUCCUCAGCCCGAGAACACAUGCGUGGUGUGUCACAAAGACUUCCAUUCGAUUAAAGCUUUGUUCGGACACAUGAAUUCGCAUCCUAAUCGCGGGUGGAAAGGUGCGUAUCCUCCUCCUACUUUUAAUAGGGAGGAGUUUGCUGAUCUGCAUGCACAAAUGCAACAACAAGAAGAACAAGAAGUUGUGAGAAAUGCUGGCGACCCCGUGGUGGAAGAAGUACCUCCCGAAAGGCGCGACGUAGUCCCUGAUCUUAAUGUUGCUGAACCCGCGGUAGGGGAAGGAUAUCGUUUGCCUGAUUUGAAUUUACCACCACCAGCAGAGGAAUAA